GUUGACUGCGCGAGGAGAGUCAUGUCACCUCGGCUCGGAAAUCCCGAGUCGGGGGAUCAGUGGGGGACAGGCCGGCCAAACUACCGACCUUCCUGGUACUGUAGCCUCUCGUUUCUUUGCUGGGAUGACGCCAAGCGAGCGACCUGUCUCGUUCGGGCGGGAAGGCCAGAAUUUGUCGUAAUACUUGUCGAAAAAACCACCUCUUUCUUUCUUUUUUCGCCACAGCGCGUUUUCGUCGUCUAAGCGCAGAAUCCGCUGCCAGCUUUCCUCGAUAUCUCCCAGGGAAUCCCUGGAGGCCGGCCAGCACAUCGGGAAACACCUCUCCGUUGUCAGAAUUAUCAACAGUCCGAGUGGGACGUCAUGGUGGAGCUUGCGCUGAAAGACUCGACGUUCUGACCCUGAGUCUUGGCUUCGCCCGCUUCUCUCAGGCCCGUCUUUCGACGUGCCGGCCACCGUCGUAUGAGGAGGUCCGAUUCCGACUACUAGUAUUUCAUCAUAAAAUCAGCUCGAUACCUUACGCCGAGCUGAGGUCAGCGCCGAGUCGAGAGCGACUACCGUACUCCCGCGACACCUAACGCGACGUCACGGUCAGGGCGAAGCCGGCUAGUCCUCGUCUCUUUUGAAGAACCGCCUCGACCCGAGGGAAGGCGGCGUCUACCCGUAACCGUUGGACGGUCACCGUAACAGUUACUCCCCUUGUAACAGGCAGGAGCGUCGCAUGGCGUCGCACGGCGUCCGUGUUCGUCUUCGUGUUCUCGCGCUCGUCGCAGCACUCGCAUCAUGCUGCUCCAACGUGGGCCUGAGGAGGUCUCUCGCACAGCCCAUUGCGAAAUCGCAAGGUGCGGUGCUGCAGGACUUGCAGCCAGUUUUGAUGAGCAACUUCACAGGCUGGCGGACGGGGAGUGACUGCAAGCAAGCGGAAGGCCUGACGUGCGAUAAGCACGGCAUGAUCACCGCCAUGCGCUUUGCAACGUACCAGACGAAUAUCACGGUAGAUAGCGUCACUCGGCUCUCCCGCUUGAUAGAGCUGGAGAUCAACGAUGCUACGUACCCGCCAGAAGGCUCCCUCUACAGCAUCACUUGGCUCAAGUCGUUCUCUUUGGACUGCUCUCGGAACACGGCGUACAGCAUACCGGCUGAGAUGGGCAACCUCACUCAGCUCACCCGGCUGAGAAUCCGAAACUGUCCUCUGGGGGAUGAGACUGCGACUCUGAGCCGGCUCACCACCCUUGUGGACCUGGAGCUUCUUUCUAACGGCCAUUAUACAUUGUGGAAUCUUGCGCAGACCACUUUUCCCACUCUGAUGAAACUGGAUGUGUCCAACCUCGUGAGGUCCAACCUCGCGAGGUCCAACCUCGUGAGGUCCAACCUCGUGAGGUCCAACCUCGGGAGGUCCAGCCUCGCGAGGUCCAACCUCGGGAGGUCCAACCUCGUGAGGUCUAACCUCGUGAGGUCCAACCUCGUGAGGUCCAUCCUCGUGAGGUCCAACCUCGUGAGGUCCAACCUCGUGAGGUCCAACCUCGUGAGGUCCAACCUCGUGAGGUCCAACCUCGUGAGGUCCAACCUCGUGAGGUCCAACCUCGUGAGGUCCAACCUCGUGAGGUCCAACUUCGUGAGGUGCAACCUCGUGAGGUCCAACCUCGUGAGGUCCAACUUGGCCACCCUUGACCUUGACAGCAUAGUUCACCUCACAGCAGGAAACACAGUAGGUGUGUUUCCAGUCGGCUCAAAACACUCCUGCCUCGUGGUCUCCCACCCACCCACCUGCUGCAGGGAUCUGCGGUCCAACCUGCUCACCCUUGACAGCAUUGCCUACCUGAAAAACCUGACAGCCCUCACAUGGCUUGACAUGUCAUCGAAUCAGUUGAGGGGCGACCGCCUAGCAGAGGGGAAUCUGAGCCUGCCCAACUUGCAAUACAUGAAUCUUUCUAACAACCAGCUGACCGGCGGCAUCCCCGAGUCGUUCACGACCAUGACUGCCUUGGUUGGCCUAAACGUGAGCUUCAACUACAUGGACGGAACCAUCCCGCCAUCGCUUGGGAGCCUGAAGAACCUCUCAACCAUCUCCACCAACGGCACAAGUCUCACGUGCCCUGCCAGCUACAGCAGCUGUGGCGUGCCUCAGAAUGAAACAUCUGGCUUCUGCCGCACCUGCAGUGACUUCUGCACCACAUGUGGCAGGUCCGUCCCGGCAGCACCGACUGCGAGUGACACGCCCCAGUCAGCGCUGUCUACAGGUGCCAUCGUUGCGAUUGUGGUUGCUGCUGCCGCUGGUGUCGUGGCCCUUGCCGCUCUCCUCUACUGCUGCUGCUUCACUAGAAAGCAGCAGAAAGCCUUAAUGAGCAGCAAGGCGGCCUCCCAGGUGUGUCAGGAGUACCCGCUUCACCUGGUGGUCAAGGCCACCAACGGCUGGUCCGAAGCGAACCUGCUUGGCGCAGGCGCCUUUGGCGACGUGUACCGCGCCGUCUCUCCAGCCGAUUGCGCCACGCUGUGGGCCGUGAAGCGAGCCAAGAUCAUCACCAACGACUUCGACACCGAGGUGUGCCAGAUGGCCACAAAGCACCACCCCAACCUGGUGCGGCUGCUGGGCUUCUCCAUUGGGAUUACCGACAAGACAAGGGUGGAGCAGAUCCUCAUCUACGAGCUCAUGCCCCAUGGGGACCUCUCGCAAUGGAUCGGGCAAGGCGCUGCUGUGCCGCUGAGCUUCCAGCAGCGGGUGGACAUCCUCAUGGGGGCGGCACGCGGCUUUGAGUACCUCCACAGCUUUGGCAUCGUGCAUCGCGACAUCAAGCCAGCCAACAUCCUGCUCGACCAUAACAUGCAGGCUAAGAUCUCCGACUUUGGGCUCGUGAGGAAGGGAGAGGGCACCACAGUGCAGAGUACUCGGGUGGUGGGAACACCGGGCUAUGUGGACCCCUCUUAUGUUGCCUCAAAGAAAGCCAUCUCCGCCACAGAUGUCUACAGCUUUGGCAUUCUUAUUCUUGAGCUUAUGACGGGGCGUCAGGUUGUUGAGACUCCUCUGGCUGGCAUGUGUGAUGAAGAAACCCCUCAGCCAAUCAAUAUUCUCCCAUGGGUUCAGCAACAGCUCUCCCACCAAUCCGGCGAUACCGGCCUGCCCCUGGGCCUCAAGGAUCCGUGCAUGGAGGCACGGGAUGACCUCGUGCUGGCAGUGCUGCAGCUGGCGCUGCGGUGCACCGCCAAGCACAGCGCCUCGCGGCCGGCGAUGGGGGCGAUAGCAGCGGAGCUGGAGGUGGUGAUGGUUGAGCUGGGCGGGUCCAGGAGCAAUGCCGCCGCCCUCCAGGUGGACCGCCAGGUGCAGGCGGGGAGUGCCCGAGUGACGGAUAUGAAUGAUGACAUUGCCCAGCUGAAUGCUUUGUUUGCAGGCAGUCACAAGUAUACAGCCCUUUCGUAACAUUAUGAUGGUGUUUGGGCGUUGGUUGGUUGGGGGAUGUCUUUGUUUGAAGGGAUGCAGCAGCACCACUUUCUCUGAGAAUGAUGCCAGUUGAAGGGAGAUUUGCUGUGCAAUCUAUUGCUUCAUGAUAACUUUUAAUGGCGAAUGCCUA